AUGAAGAGUGACAGGUCAAUGGUGGAACCAAUCGGCUUCAGAGAGGGACCAUUUCCAUCAGAUCAAAGAGGCCCCAGCAGCAGUCAUUUGGUGUUGAUCGGUACAAAAAUGGAGGGAGCUGCUUCUGAAAUGACCCCCCCUGUGGAGUGUAAAACAAGGGGAAUUGUACGUGUCCUGUUGGAGAGAGCAAGCUCACGUGGACCCAGCUGUGUUACCAUGAAGAGCAACAAGUCAAUGAUGGAACCAGUCACCCUCAGUGAGGGACCUUCUUCAUCAGCUCAUCGUGUCCUGAUGGAGAGAGCAGGCUCACCUGUACCCAGCUGUGUUUCCAUGAAGAGUGACAGGUCAAUGGUGGAACCAAUCGGCUUCAGAGAGGGACCAUUUCCAUCAGAUCAAAGAGGCCCCAGCAGCAGUCAUCUGGUGUGGAUCGGUACAAAAAUGGAGGGAGCUGCUUCUGAAAUGACCCCCCCUGUGGAGUGUAAAACAAAGGGAAUUGUACGUGUCCUGUUGGAGAGAGCAAGCUCACGUGGACCCAGCUGUGUUACCAUGAAGAGCAACAAGUCAAUGAUGGAACCAGUCACCCUCAGUGAGGGACCUUCUUCAUCAGCUCAUCGUGUCCUGAUGGAGAGAGCAGGCUCACCUGUUCCCAGCUGUGUUUCCAUGAAGAGUGACAGGUCAAUGGACCGACCAGUCCACUUCAGAGAGGGAACAUUUCCCUCAGAUCAAAGAGGCCCCAGCAGCAGUCAUCUGGUGUGGAUCGGUACAAAAAUGGAGGGAGCUGCUUCUGAAAUGACCCCCCCUGUGGAGUGUAAAACAAGGGGAAUUGUACGUGUCCUUUUGGAGAGAGCAAGCUCACGUGGACCCAGCUGUGUUACCAUGAAGAGCAACAAGUCAAUGAUGGAACCAGUCACCCUCAGUGAGGGACCUUCUCCAUCAGCUCAUCGUGUCCUGAUGCAGAGAGCAGGCUCACCUGUACCCAGCUGUGUUUCCAUGAAGAGUGACGAGUCAAUGGAGGCACAAAUCUUCUUCAGAGAGGGACCUUUUCCAUCAGAUCAAAGUGUCCUGAUGGAGAGAGCAGGCUCACCUGUAGCCAGCUGUGUUUCCAUGAAGAGUGACAGGUCAAUGCAGGAACCAAUCGACUUCAGUGAGGGACCUUUUCCAUCAGAUCAAAGAGGCCCCAGCAGCAGUUAUCUGGUGUGGAUCGGUACAAAAAUGGAGGGAGCUGCUUCUGAAAUGACCCCCCCUGUGGAGUGUAAAUCAAGGGGAAUUGUAAGUGUCCUGUUGAAGAGAGCAAACUCACGUGGACCCAGCUGUGUUUCCAUGAAGAGUGACAAGUCAAUGAUGGAACCAGUCACCCUCAGUGAGGGACUUUUUCCAUCAGCUCAUUGUGUCCUGAUGGAGAGAGCAGGCUCACCUGUACCCAGCUGUGUUUCCAUGAAGAGUGACGAGUCAAUGGUGGAACCAAUCGGCUUCAGAGAGGGACCAUUUCCAUCAGAUCAAAGAGGCCCCAGCAUCAGUCAUCUGGUGUGGAUCGGUACAAAAAUGGAGGGAGCUGCUUCUGAAAUGACCCCCCCUGUGGAGUGUAAAUCAAGGGGAAUUGUAAGUGUCCUGUUGAAGAGAGCAAACUCACGUGGACCCAGCUGUGUUUCCAUGAAGAGUGACAAGUCAAUGAUGGAACCAGUCACUCUCAGUGAGGGACCUUCUCCAUCAGCUCAUCGGGGCCGAGUGAAAAGGUUUAAUUCACAUCCACAUAAAGGAGACUUAUCGUCCAUCUUCAAGUUAUUGGAGAAAAAAGCUCAAAUAUUUCUGAAGGAUGAGCUGAUGAAAUUCCAAAGGUACCUGGAUCAGAAUGACCCAGAAUUCUCUGAGCCUCAGCUGGAGGAGGACAAUGACCUGGACAGUGAUGGUCAGAUGCAGAAGACCUGUGGUAGAGAGGGAGCUCUGAAGAUCACACUGUACAUCCUGAGGACCAUGGAGCAAAAUGAUCUCGCUGACAUGCUGGAGAAGAGGUAUCUUCUGUUGCAAUGUCAACGUAGAAUCAAAUGUAACCUGAAGCAAAGGUUUGAGUGUGUAUUUGAAGGGAAAGCUAAGGAAGGACAGCCAACACUUCUCAAAGAUAUUUAUACAGAACUCUACAUAACUGAAGGGGGAACUGGAGGAGUCAAUGAUGAACAUGAAGUGAGACGGAUUGAAACAGCAUCCAAGAAAAGGGUAACUGAAGAUACUACAGUCAAGUGCAAUGAUAUAUUUAAACCCUUAUGUGGGCGUGAGACACCUAUCAGAACUGUACUCACUAAAGGGGUGGCAGGUAUUGGGAAAACAGUCUCUGUGCAGAAAGUUAUUCUUGACUGGGCAGAAGGAAAAGCAAACCAGGACAUUCACUUCAUAUUUGCUCUUCCUUUCCGGGACCUGAAUUUGAUUAAGGAUGAAUACAGUCUGAUUGAUCUGCUUCACCACUUUCUCCCAGAACUGAAAUCAUUUAAAUCUGCUGAGCUUUAUAGGUACAAAGUUUUAUUGAUCUUUGAUGGUCUGGAUGAGUGUCGCCUUCCUCUAGAUUUUCAGACCAAUAAGAGUUGGUUUGAUGUAACAAAAAAAACGUCACUGGAUGUGCUGUUGACUAACCUCAUUAAGGGGAAUCUGCUUCCAUCAGCUCUCCUCUGGAUAACCUCCCGGCCUGCAGCAGCCAAUCAGAUACCUCCUGAGUGUGUCCACCAGGUGACAGAGAUACGAGGUUUCAAUGAUGUCCAGAAAGAGGAAUAUUUCAGGAAAAGAUUUAAUGAUCAGAGCCUGGCCAGCAGGAUUAUCACACAUGUGAAAUCAUCAAGGAGCCUCUUCAUCAUGUGCCACAUACCUGUGUUCUGCUGGAUUUCAGCCACUGUUCUUGAGAGUCUUUUUAGUGAGUCUGACCGUGGAGAAAUUCCAAGGACUCUGACUGAAAUGUACACACACUUCCUGAUCUUUCAGGCGAGUUUAAAAAAGUACAAGUAUACGGAAAACGGUGAAACAAAGCUUAAUAAAUGCACUAAAUCUGGGAAGAAAUUCCUUUUAAAACUUGGUAAACUGGCUUUUCAUAACCUUGAGAAAGGCAAUCUCAUAUUUUAUAAACAAGAUCUGACAGAGAAUGGAAUUGAUGUCACAGAGGCUGCAGUUUACUCUGGAGUGUGCACAGAAGUCUUUAAAGAGGAGUAUGGGUUGUACCAGGAGAAGGUGUACUGCUUUGUGCAUCUGAGCAUCCAGGAGUAUCUCGCUGCUCUAUACACGUUUCUGUCAAACUCAUUAGCUAAUCAGCUGAAGACUGCAGUGAAUGAGGCAUUAAAGAGCAAGAAUGGACACUUGGACCUCUACCUCCGCUUCCUCCUUGGCCUCUCAACAGACUCCAGUAAGAGUCUGUUAAAAAGGCUACUGGGCCAGACAAGAACCAGUUUACAUAACAGUAAGAAAACAGCUCAAUAUAUCAAGGAGAAAAUACAAGAGAAUUUAUCUGCAGAAAGGACCAUCAACCUGUUCCACUGUCUGAAUGAAAUGGGUGACAAUUCUCUAACAGAGGAAAUACAAAGAUACCUGAGUUCAGGAAGCCUUUCAGCAGCAGACCUCUCACCUGCACAGUGGUCAGCUCUGGCCUUUGUGUUACUGAUGUCAGAUAAGGAGCUGGAUGUGUUUGAUCUGAAGAAAUACAUCAGAUCAGAUGAAGGUCUUCAGAGGCUGCUGCCUGUGAUCAAGAAAUCUAGGACAGCUCUGCUGGACAGCUGUAGACUCACAGAGAAAUGCUGUGAAGUGUUGGCUUCAGCUCUCAGAUCAAACUCCUCUCAGCUGAGAGAGCUGGACCUGAGUGACAAUGACCUGCAGGAUUCAGGGGUGGAGCUGCUCUCUGCUGGACUGGGAGAUUCACACUGUAAGCUGGAGAUACUGAGGCUGUCAGGCUGUAGAGUCACAGAAGAAGGCUGUUCUUCCUUGGCUUCAGCUCUGAGGUCAAACCCCUCACACCUGAGGGAGCUGGACCUGAGCUACAAUCACCCAGGAGACUCAAGAGUGAAGCUGCUCUCUGCUGUACUGGAGGAUCCCAGCUGUAAACUAGAGAUACUGAGCCUGAUCAACUGUAGACUCACAGAGAAAUGCUGUGAAGUGUUGGCUUCAGCUCUCAGAUCAAACUCCUCUCAGCUGAGAGACCUGGACCUGAGUGACAAUGACCUGCAGGAUUCAGGAGUGAAGCUGCUCUCUGCUGGACUGGGGGAUUCACACUGUAAACUGGAGAUACUGAGCCUGAACAACUGUAGACUCACAAAGAAAUGCUGUAAAGUGUUGGCUUCAGCUCUCAGAUCAAACUCCUCUCAGCUGAGAGACCUGGACCUGAGUAACAAUGACCUGCAGGAUUCGGGAGUGAAGCUGCUCUCUGUUGGACUGGGGGAUUCACACUGUAAACUGGAGAUACUGAGGCUGUCAGGCUGUAGAGUCACAGAAGAAGGCUGUUCUUCCCUGGCUUCAGCUCUGAGGUCAAACCCCUCACACCUGAGAGAGCUGGACCUGAGCUACAAUCACCCAGGAGACUCAGGAGUGAAGCUGCUCUCUGCUCUACUGCAGGAUCCCAAAUGUAAACUAGAGAAACUGAAUGUGGACCACAGUGGAGAGUGCAGGACCAGACCAGGGGUCCAGAAAUACUCCUGCCAGCUGACGCUGGACCCCAACACAGCACACAGACGCCUGUCUCUGUCAGGGGGGAACAGGAAGGUGACAUGUGGGGCAGAGCAGCCAUAUCCUGAUCAUCCAGAGAGAUUUGACUGGUGGGACCAGGUUCUGUGCAGAGAGAGUCUGACUGGCCGCUGUUACUGGGAGGCUGAGUGGAGUGGAGAUGGAGCCUGGAUAGGAGUGACUUAUAAAGGAAUCAGGAGGAAAGGAUGGAGUGAUGACUGUCGGCUUGGAUUCAAUGAGAAGUCAUGGAGUCUGUUCUGUAAUACUGACAGAUACUCUGUCCUUCACAAUAAUAAAGAUACUGUCAUACCCAUAAAGCCCUCAGGCUCCCGCAGAGUAGGAGUGUAUCUGGACUGGGGGGCUGGUACUCUGUCCUUCUACAGAGUCUCCUCUGAUGGACUGACCCUCCUGUACAGAUUCACCUCCUCAUUCACUGAACCCCUCUAUCCUGGGUUUUGGGUGAAUUCAAACUCCCCCGUGUCCCUGUGCAUGCUGGGAUAGCUCACUGAGUGCUGGAGGAAUCAUUUUUACCUUAUCAGAGUGUCACAUGUCGCUGCUUCUCGGCAAAAAGGUAAAAUCUCUGCUUUUUGACCAGUAUAACCCUAUUUACUCUGUCUGAUGUGUGACAUAUGUUAGACAAAAAUAAAUGGGUUUGGCAAGCUGAACAAACACAGGAAAUGACAGUUUUUCUCUCUGAUUAAAAUGUAAUCCUGAUGAUUGGGGGGGGGGUUUCUCCCCCUAUAUGUACAUUUUAUAUGUUUCUGUCUAUAUAUAUUAUAUAUUGUAUUUGUUAUCAGUACACCGAUAAUAAAGGCUUCAUGUUGUAUCCUA